UUAUUUUGAAAGAAACUCGACUGUGAGAACUAGCACGGCUAGCUGCAGCAUGGAAAUACUUGCAAUAACACCGCGAUAGCUUUACAAAACUCAGCAAAAGUAUGCAGAAUACGAAGAGAAAAGAUGAGAUAAGCGAACGAAAUGCGUAAAGGUAAUCUUAGUCCUGUGUUUAGCUCAGUUUUAGACCAUAGUUUGGCUAACUUGCUAGCUUCCCUGAGUUUUUAAGAUGCAUCAGGUGUUUAGCUCUUGACAUACUUGAUCUGACAGUCUUGCCUCAUCAUGGACAAUAGCACCGUUUAUGUCCGAGAGAGAGGCAGCCUUCGUCGUGUCAGUGACAUAGUCCUGGCACAUCCAAAGCCUGUAUCCUCGCCAUCAUCAUCAUCAUCAUGCAGAAGGACAAAUCCCUUUGUGCUGAAAAAGGAGCACUUCAUAUUCACCUACAAUGCAGAGGGAAGUCUGAGAUACACAACAAAAUCUCUCUUUGACAUCACUCUGCUAUUCGUGGCUGACAACAUUCACCACGUGGACUCUCUGGUGGGCUUCCCUGAGCAAAUAGGAGACAGACUUUUUGCAGCAGCAGAGGAGAACCAUGUCUUCUCAAACGCAGACAUUUCUACUAAAGCCCUGCAGUUAUUCAGCGAUGCAUAUAAAGAGAUGGUGCUGCGAUCCCUCUGUCUGAGGAACAGAUUUCCACUCUUGCAUGAGAGGAUGAGUGAAAUCAGAACAUUUCAUAGUUUGAAGUCUCUGGAUUUGUUUGGCUGCAGACUUGGUGAUGAUCACGAGAUCUUCCUACAUCUAACAUCCAGCUCACUGGCGAGCAGUCUGAUCCAGCUUUUCAUCGGUGGUAACAGUCUGUCAGAUGUUGGUCUACAAAAAUUGACUGCACCAAUUCGUAUGAUGAGGAAGGGACUGGACUGUCUCCAGGUUCUUGAUCUUUCCUAUAACCCCAUCACAGAGAGAGCUUUCAGAUACCUCACAUGCCUUCCAAAACUUGAAAAACUUGAUAUAUCUGGGACAAGUUUCAAGCUUGGCUCCAGAUUAAGGACAACCAUAUGGGACCUGCUGGGGCUCAUUUAUUCUGAGGAACCACUGAACACUUUUGAUCAUGUGAGAUGCAAAACAGAAGGCUGGGCAGAGCAGGUGGUACACCAGUGGGAAACAAAUAACUCACACAUGCCAAAACAGAAGAAAAUUGAGGAAUCCAGAUCUUCAGCUCUUCGCUUUUUUGGCAGACAGAAGUUUGUCAGGGAUGUCCUGAAUGCAGCACCCUUGUUAUGUCAGAGCGCAGAAGAUACCAAGAGUGAGACGCUGCGUUUCUACAGACCUGCUGCAAACAGUCACAUACCAGAGAAACAGACUCCAGCUGCAACCUAUCAUCCAGCAAAGCAUUCCUGUCUCAAUAUAAAGAAAAGACAGCGGCAGUCAGAAAGAUGUGACAGUUCACAUCAAAGCCCUCCCACUAAACGUCCGUCCUCGUCAGCUCUCACUGCAGAGGACAUGGACUUGUUAAACAGCUACUGAUGGGGCUGUGUAGCAUUUCACAAUGAGUGUGUCAGUUCUAAAGUAACAUUAAGGCUCCAAUCAACAAGAACAUGCUUCAAGUUCAAGACAACCAGCUUUUUGAGCUGAGAAGACUCUUGGAAACAGGUUUUGUUGUUCAUAUCAUUUUUGUAUAAUAAAGUGUUGAAUUUUGA